GAAAACGGGUUAUCUCUGUCGCGAGGCCUCUCGGAUUUCACACUCCUCUCGUCUCUUGCAGAAUCCAUCGAUCCAUCCAUCGGUCGAUCUCGAGAGAGAGAGAGAGAGAGAGAGAGAGAGAGAGAUGAACAGCCACCACAGUCAGAGCCAGCAGUCGAGCGAGAGCAGGCACGACGACGACGCCGCGCUCACCGAUUUCCUCGCUUCCCUCAUGGAGUACACCCCCACUGUACCCGAUGAGCUGGUGGAGCACUACUUGGGGAAGAGCGGGUUUCAGUGUCCUGAUGUCCGACUAACAAGGCUGGUAGCUGUUGCUACACAGAAGUUCGUUGCAGAUAUUGCUAGCGAUGCUCUUCAGCAUUGCAGGGCAAGACAGACCACAGUGGUUAAAGACAAAAGGGAUAAGCAGCAGAAGGAUAAGCGCCUAAUCUUGUCAAUGGACGAUCUCUCAAAAGCUCUACGUGAGUAUGGUGUCAAUGUGAAGCACCAGGAGUACUUCGCAGACAGCCCUUCAGCUGGGUUGGAUACUGCCUCUAGGGACGAGUGAGGGAUAUUGAUGCAAAAAGAUAUUCCUUGGAUCUAGAGAAAAGGUUCUGCGUGAAACCUGUUCCAAGUCUGCUGUAUGCAGAAAUGACAGUAGUUUCUUGUAGCUGUUUUCUGCUUAUCUUUAAUUUUCCCAAGAAAUCAUCGUGUUGUCAUCAUAUUGCUGAAAAUUGCUGAACUUGUAUGGAAAUAGAUGAUGGUUUCCUAGUUAAGCUGCCGGUGCUGCUGAUUUUUUUCCCUUCUGGAUCAACAUCGACUUUGGAGUGUUAUGUAGUGGAGUUCUGGGAAAAUUGCUGAACUUGUAUGGAAAUAGAUGAUGGUUUCCUAGUUAAGCUGCCGGUGCUGCUGAUUUUUUUCCCUUCUGGAUCAACAUCGACUUUGGAGUGUUAUGUAGUGGAGUUCUGGGAAAUGGAAUAUCAUACGCAGUUACCGGUUGCUCUA